AUGCGUUCUACCCUGGUGCUCGCCCAGCUGUCCCUGCUCUUGACGUCUGUCCACGCCUUCUUUCCCUGGGAAGUAUCUCAGCAUUGUCCAUUCGAAGGUGGCUGCAGUUCCUCCAAGAGGGAGUUGAAGGAUCAGGAUGCCCUUGGAUCUGAUGCCCUCGAUGCCAUCAAGGCCAUUAACUUCCCCGGCUUCCACGUUGGCCCUCAAAUCACAAAGGAAUCAUUGACUGAAGAAUCCGAGUCCGAACGAGUCGCCCGCGAGGUUCAACGUCUUUCUCGCAAAUAUGCGAGGUUCCAGUCCGCUGCUAUCCGAGAGAGGGCAUCCAAGUCUAAAAGACAGAGCCUGUAUCGCAUUGUUACAGCGGCAGACACCACUCUCAAAACCGCAGCCGCCGUCGCUCAGGAUGGUACCGACUUUUCCUACUUUGCCCAGGUCAAACUAGGUUCCAAGGAGAAGCCUCUGUGGAUGCUCAUCGACACCGGAGCGGGAACUAGUUGGGUUAUGGGCAGUUCCUGCACCUCCUCGGCUUGCGCGAAGCAUGGCUCGUAUGGACCUACGGACUCGGAUACGUACAAGGCAACCGGGGAGACUUUUGCUGUCGCCUACGGAUCGGGUUCAGUUAAAGGCGAUAAGAUCACCGACACCGUUUCCUUUGCGGGCAUGAAGUUUGACUUCCAGUUUGGUGUGGCCAACGAGACGUCGGAUGAUUUCAACCACUUCCCUUUCGACGGCAUUUUAGGACUUUCCAUGGCAGGUGGAGAGACGGAUAACUUCAUGCAAGUUGUCAAAAGUUCCGGCCAACUUCCCGCCAACAUUUUCUGUGUAUACCUCAAUAGAGCGGCGGACGGACCGAACACGAGCGAAAUCAGCUUUGGUACCUGCAACACUGACAAGUACACCGGCAACAUCACUUAUACCGGAGUUGGUAACGACAACGGAGAUUGGGCGAUCCCCCUUGAUGGCAUUCAGUACGACGGCCUCAAGUCUGGCGCAGCUGGCAAGCUCGCUUAUGUCGACACCGGUACUUCUUACGUCUUUGGACCCCAGACCGACGUAGCUGCGUUCCACAAGAAUAUUCCUGGGUCUACCUCGGACGAUGGUACAACAUACAAGGUGCCGUGCGACAGCAACAAGGAUGUAACAUACACCUUCUCUGGUGUCAGCUAUGUGAUCUCCCCUAAGGACUGGAGAUCCAGCCCUGCCGCAGAUGGGACAUGCACUAGCAACAUCUACGGCCAUGAGGUCGUAGCUGGAGCCUGGCUUUUGGGAGACGUCUUCCUCAAGAAUGUCUAUGCCGUAUUUGACAAGGACCAAAAACGCAUAGGAUUUGCGACUAGAGUCGACCCUCCACCAGUAACCAGUACUGCAACUGCUUCGGCCACACCGGCAGUGGUCAACAACCCCGGCCAAACGACUGCCGUAUCAGCUACGCCGACGACUGGUCCCGCCCUUGGCUUGGGUGGGCACGAGACCUCCACAGGGAGCGCCGCUGCGCAGACCUCAGCCACAGCUCAGUCAGGAGCUGCAUCAUAUACCUCUUUCACUCACGUCAGUGUGGCCGCCGCAGCAUCUUUCUGCUUGUUUGCCAUGUUGGGAUUCUUCUGA